AUGUCUCGACAAUACACAGUCACCUACGGGAUUUCAACAAACAGGACGAAGACUCUGAAGAAAUUCAGCCGUGAAAUCAGCACACGUGCUGCCAGCGAGGGCUUGGCGGCCGAGCCGGGCUGCCUGCCGGACUGGCGCACGCUGUCCCUGUUCGGCGUCGGCGCGGUGCUCAUGCGCGGAGCCGGCUGCACGGUCAACGACAUGUGGGAUCGCGACUAUGACAGAAAGGUUGCAAGGACAGCAAGUAGGCCCCUGGCAGCUGGAGAUAUCUCCACUUUUCAGUCCUUCGUUUUUCUUGGGGGACAGCUUAGUUUGGCACUUUGUGUGCUUCUGUGUCUGAAUUACUAUAGUAUUGUUCUGGGAGCAGCCUCUUUGUCUCUUGUGGUCACCUACCCUCUGAUGAAGAGAAUAACAUAUUGGCCACAGUUAGUUCUAGGACUUACAUUUAACUGGGGAGCCCUUCUUGGCUGGUCUGCCAUCAGAGGGUCAUGUGAGUGGUCUGUGUGUUUGCCCUUGUACUUAGCUGGAGUAAUGUGGACGCUGGUAUACGAUACCAUUUACGCACAUCAGGAUAAGAGGGACGACAUCGUUAUCGGUGUGAAGUCAACAGCACUGCAGUUCAAGGAGGAUACGAAGCAGUGGCUCAGUGGCUUCAGCCUUGUAAUGCUCCUGAGUUUGUGCAUGACAGGAAUGAAUUGUAACCAGACGUUCCCAUAUUACUCAGCUGUGGCUGCCAUAGGGGCUCACCUAGCGCACCAGAUUUACACAUUGGACAUAGACAAACCUGAAGACUGUUGGAAGAAAUUUGCUUCAAAUCGUACUGUAGGAGUUAUGCUCUUCACAGGGAUUGUGCUUGGAAAUCUGUGCAAAUGAAUAGACUCAAAAACGUAGAAGAGCCUUUAGGAAACAGGUAGUUGAAAUUACUGUAAAUACUGAUACUUUAGCUAAAAUGUAAGUACUGUAAGAAGGAAAACACUUU